CGACGUAUACAUUUAUUUCGGAAUAAAAAGGGUUUGAAAAUAUCUUUGUGUUGAGCUGAAUAUCAUCCAUGUGAGAGUGAUGAAGGGGGAAAUUGGAGAGAUGGAUGAAACACAGUUUCUGAAUUCAAACAAGAAGGUGAAGAAGAUCCAGGUGAAGAACAAGUUUCCAUUGUUGAGAUAUGAAGAACUGCCAGAUUAUAUGAAGGAUAAUGAGUAUAUCUUGAAUUACUACAGAGCAAAUUGGUCUCUCAAGCAGGCCUUGAUCUCCUUGUUCCUUUGCCACAACGAAACUCUCAACGUCUGGACCCACUUGAUUGGAUUUCUUGCAUUCUUGGCACUGACAAUUGCAAACUUGACACAAUGGCAUCAAGUGGCAGACUUCCUUAACAUCUCCAAAUGGGCUUUUGGAUCAGAUCAUUCUUCGACUAUUACUCAUCAAUUGGUGUCGCCGUACAUGAAUACAACACCAUUUCAAACAGAAGCGACACAUUGGCCAUUAUUUGUGUUUUUGGGUGGUUCAAUGUUUUGCUUCGUAUCAAGUAGCCUAUGCCAUCUCUUCUCUUGCCAUACACAACAUCUAAGUUGUCUACUCAGUCAGUUAGACUACGUUGGAAUCGCAGUUAUGAUCAUCACCUCAUUCUUUCCUCCAAUCUAUUAUACAUUCCAAUGCACCCCUUUGUGGCAAUACAUCUACCUUGGAGGAAUCACAAUUUUAGGCGUUAUUGCAGUCAUGGUAUUGCUUUCUCCAACAAGGGUGAAUGGUAAAUAUCGUUUCAUCCGUACUUCGAUUUUUGUGGCAAUGGGACUUUUCGGGGUGAUUCCUACAAUCCACGGUACCAUCGUAAAUUGGAAUGUGGCUCAGAGGAAUACAACUUUAGGGUUCGAAUCUACCAUGGCGUUUUGCUACUUGGUGGGGGCUAUGUUUUAUGUUAGUCGAGUACCUGAGAAAUGGAGGCCUGGUUGGUUUGAUUUAAUUGGGCAUAGCCACCAAAUAUUCCACAUUUUUGUGGUAGUGGCUGCAUUGGCACAUUACAUCGCUGUACUGAUACUUUAUGAAUAUCGUCGUCGAGUUAGCUGUGACUGACUUCUAUAUGCACCUUGUGAAGUCAAAAUCAUUACGUAUAUCAUAUGUUACUUUGCAACGUCCUAUGAAAGUGUGGUUAUGUUGACACUAGUUACAAAAACAUAUCAAAUUGUAAUGUUGUUCUUUUUGCAUGCUAA